UUUGCUCCGCCCUCGCCCGCUCUCUUGUCAAUCUCCCGUCAUCCCUCCAAACCGACUCUACUUUUUCUCCCGAAUUCCCAGAACUUAAAAAUUUGAUAAAUUUUUUUAAAAGUACGAACAUAAAUAUAAAUAAAUAAAAGCAACGAACAUAUAUCAUACACACUAACUGGAUGACGACGAUGAAGUAAUCAGACUCAGAGAAUCCAAACACCGUCUCCCUGAAAGAAAGCCUCUUAACCCAAAACAAACCGUAGCCUAGCCCUUCCUCUCUCCAACCUCUAUCCUCUCUAUCUGAUCGGCCCUGAUCUACUAUUUUCUAUACCAACCGUCCGAUCUAUCAAAUUUAGAUCCUGAUCUAGAACCUUCCAACGCUCCGCCUACUUCUAUAUAAUCCUUCUGACCCACGCGCUUCGGAUUAAUAUCCACGCGCUCGUUUCAACCAUUAUGGUCGUGACAGGUAGGCCCCUGAAGCGGAUGAAGAGGCGCGUGACCGCUGAUCUCCACGAUUUCCUGACGUUUCCUUCUUCUUCAUCGUCAUCUUCGUCGUCCGUAGAUUGCACGGACGGUUUAUCCGGCGGGCCGUUCCGGACUCGCGUGAGGGAGUUCCUUGCAAGGAACGCGCUGCUCCCGCCUCCGUCGUCGCUGUUUCCCCACCUGAUGACGUGGCAGAUGCUGUUCCGGGUGGGGGAUCAGACCGAUGGCCCAGAUUCGUUACCGUCGGUGGUUUGCCUCGACGUCGUCGAAGAGGACGUGACCAGAUCUAGAUCCCUAUACUGCGACCAGUGCCGAGUUGUUGGCUGGAGUGGCCAUCCUGUAUGUGCGAAGCGUUUUCAUUUUAUUAUAAAGGCUGAUGGUAGCUCCAUUGGUGGGUAUCACAAGCCAUGCAUGUGCUGUGGAGAUGUCUUGCACUUGUCAGAAUCCAAGUGCAAAUCAUGCAACCAUGUGACGAGUACAGAUGACGUGGAGGAUUGGGUGUUUAACCAGUUAGAGAACACAACUCAUCUUCUGCAUGGUGUUGUCCAUUCAAAUGGUUAUGGCCACCUUCUUAGAGUUAAUGGUAGGGAAGGAGGAUCAAGGGUUCUUUCUGGAUGUCAUAUCAUGGACUUCUGGGAUCGCCUUUGCAAACUGCUUGGGGUCAGAAAAGUGAGUGUGAUGGACGUGUCAAAGAAGUAUGGGUUAGAGUACCGGCUGCUUCAUGCCAUCACCAAAGGCGGUCCUUGGUACGGUGAGUGGGGUUAUGAAUUUGGGGCUGGUAGCUUUGCUCUCACUUUUGAUGCGUAUAAAAUGGCUGUUGAGUCCCUCUCCAGCCUGCCAUUAUCCAUCUUUCUCUCCCGAGGACAGGAACCUUGCACUCGCCUGCAGGACAUGAUCUCACAUUACCAGUCCUUUGCAAAAUGUAAACUUGUUAAUAUAAGAGAUCUCUUCUGUUUUUUGAUGAGUUUGAUCCAUGAUGCCCACAAGUCUUCAUCCGGGGUGGAUGAUAUCUUUUGCAAGAAGAGUCGAGCUUGCACUUCUGCAGUCUUGUGGUCAUUUACUGGGAGUGACAUUGAGCGAGUGGAUGAAGCCAUGUUCAGAGUCCUUCGCGCGGUUUCUGGUUCUAAUUGGGUUAGUUGUCGUGCUCUUAGAGGUGCUGUUUGCAAGGUGGGUCCCCCAGAGCUCCUUGAUUAUUGCCUUGGAAAACUUGGAGGGAAAUUUGCAGCAGAUGGGAUAGUUGUUAAAGCCCGAUGUAAUCCUGAAUCAGGUGCUCUUGAAUACAGGCUCGAGCCUGUAUGCGGUUCCAUGGGUGAAAUGACUGGCUCCAAUGAUUCUUCCACCUCUAAUUGUCGAUCUGAAGAGAACCUUCUGCAGGAUCUCAGAUUCCUGUAUGAAUCCUUGCUCCAUCUCCAAAAUAUGGUAGGAAAUGGAAACGAGGCAACGAGGGUCCUCGCUAGUGGUGCGGCUGAGAAGCUUCUUGACUGCAAGCACUUUGUGAAAGACUACUUGGUUGAAAAUAUGUCACCGAUGACAAACCCAUCGGUAACGUGCCUGUCAUGUCAGGUGGAGCUCAUAGAUGACUCUGAGCAUGCUGUAAACGCACCACCUGAAUUGAUUAUCCUGCCUCCAAAUGCCACUGUGUCAGACCUCAAGCUCCAAACAUCGAAAGCUUUUCAAGAUGUAUAUCUGAUGUUCAGAAGAUUUCAAGCCGAAGAGUUGGUUGGCUAUGCCAAUGUGGAUGAUACGAAGCUGGUCAAGCUCUUGUUAGGGUCAGCCAAAUCAGUUCGAGUGCGAGGGAGAUGCCCGGGGAAAAAUGGACUGAGUAGGUUUAGAAUGGAGAGGGGGGUUGAGCGGUGGACGGUGGAUUGUAGCUGUGGGGCCAAGGAUGAUGAUGGGGAGAGAAUGUUGGCUUGCGAUGUUUGUGGCGUGUGGCAACACACCAGAUGUUCCGGUAUUAAUGACUCUGGCUCGGUUCCUGCAAUGUUUGUCUGUCAAAGAUGCAGGAGUUCCAACAGAAAUACCAAAGCUGGUGGACACUGCAAGGAUGAGACAGUUACCGAUGUUGAUAGUAGCAGCUGCUUUGGAAAUUGCUUGACAACGCCUUUUGAUGUUCGCUGAGGGCUCUGAAUGUUUGUAAAGGUUUUCUGAGUUUUAUUAGGAGUUUACCUCGGGCCAAAACUAACGUGUACAUAAUGAAACUGGCUGGUAAGAUUGCCAAAGAGAGGUCGACUUGUUUUGGUAUAUCCGCCCUUCUUUUUAUGUUGUAUAUAUUCGGCACCUGCUGACACAAGUCCUUAAAAAAAACGAAUACUUAGUAUGGCGAAGGCUAAGGAAAGAAUCAAGUAUUUGCUGCA